CCAGAUUAUAUGUAACUACCAUUUAUAUUAGCAUUCGUUACAUCAGUAUAAUUUAACAUUAUGACUGGAUUAAUUUUAAUUUUCUCCUUGCUAUUAAUUCUGUCGUCAAAUAUAGAAGGUAAAUGUAAUGAAGAAGGUGAAGCAUGUAGCAAAACAUUGGGAACUCGUUGUUGUGGUGAAUUAUAUUGUAAGCUAUUCAAACCACUUAAAGGUAGAUGUACCAAUCCAAAACUUAGACAUUCAACAACCUGGUAGACUACUAUGUUUAACCUUUGCUAAAAAUAUCAUUCAUUUUGCCAAUAUGUUGAGCAAUUAAAUUUCGUUAAACAAGUAAAAAAACUCUGAUUUCAAUCAAUAUAAGACUUCUUUGUUCUAGUAACCUGUAAGAUAGGAUCUUAAGCAAAAGAUUACUAUUAUCUGCUAUAAUAUUACUAAAUUCCAUUAGUUAGUCUAUAUGAUGUUAUUAAAACUGCUUGGGAAUUUAGAUCAAACGAUAAGUGAUGUGUAAAAUCCUGAAAUCAAUCCACGAGAUAUGUCUACAAAAUACGGUACGAUGAUUAGUGACAACAUAAAUAACGGAUCUUACAAACCUUGAUUUGUAAGGUAUAAGGGAUGUUUACACACAUCGAAGUAUGAUCAAAGAAGUAUUUCCCGUAGUAGUUGUGUAAGAAUAAUUUACAAAGAAAUACGAUAUGUUAAGUAAAAGCCAGUAGGUU